AUGGGGAAGAAACAGCAUCAGAAAGACAAACUGUAAGUUAGAACCCUUAAGGAAACUCGGGAACUGUAUUUCAAUAGGAAAUUAAAAGAAACAUUUGGUUUUUAUCUCAAGAUACUUGACUAACAAGGAGUGGAAAGAGGAGUGGGGAGGAAAAAAGGCUGGUGAGUUUUCCAUAUGUUCUAACUCUUUUUUGAAAUUUCUGCACCACAAAACAUGGCACUAUCUUUAAUACACUUCAUUAACUACGAGCAAUACUGUAAGGAAUAGAAAAUUACAUUGAUUUGGUUGUGUUCUUCUCAUUCUUAGAUGAUAAUUUAUAGAAAAUGAUUAUAAGCAAGGAACCUCCCACCUCAAUUCACUUCCAUUCAAUCUCCCGCAAUCUUCUCUAAACAAAAAAAUAUCACUUAACAGCUAGAGGUGAUAAGGCUAUCAGCAAGUUUGUUUGAUGGCCAUGUUGUAAUUGAAGGUGACAUAUGACAUGAAAUGUGACCACUUACAAGUCAUACACUUGUAUAGAAUUAUCUUCACUCACAUUAGACUCCUAAAAAGUAAAAUAACAUAUGUACUGAAGCUGUCAGUUGGGCUUACUCUUAGCUCUUUAGAUUUCUGCACCACGGCUCUAUAUCCUAGCCUCAUUUAACACUUUUGCAUAAGUGUUGAUACAGCUCAAUAAACCAAAGGGAGUUUAAGAUACAUGCAUCACUAUGGGGACAUCAAAGUGAAUGUCAAAAAAGCAAUGGGUUUAAUUAGCAAAACAACAACUCUUCAUCAGUGUCACACUUUAAGAUGUAUUUCUUUGCUUUCACUGGACAAUCAUGACAUCAAAUUGACUUAUGUCAUGCUUUAUGGGGAAUGUAAACAAACUAUAACAAAGUUUUCUUUUUUUCUUUUUCCUGAACUUGGAUAUGGUUCUUAGAAAUUCAAAUAGAGGAAAGUUCUCCUACCCUAGAGUACUGUACAUUUGACAAAGUGAGCAUGUUGGAAUAAAAACGAUGAAAAUUGAAAGAGCUUGAAUUCACAAUUAUUUAAAUGACAUUUGCUUACUAUUAAAUUCAGCAAACAUCGAUUGACAAAUUCAAAAUUCAGGAUUGUAUCAUUCAAUAUUGACAACAACAAAUUCUUGCCCUGUUGUAUUGAUCUUGAUCUCAUAAUUCAAUACUUAGAUGUUCCUCAGAAAGCAAGUUUUAGAAGAUUACCAUUUCAUUGCUGCAGGUUUGUUUGCUUGAUCUAUGAGAAUUUCUGUAGGAAUGUAUGAUAGAACCUGAAUAUAACAAAUCAUUUACAGUGUAUUAUUAUAAUGAAAUCCUCAGUAAAUAAUGAAUAACUGGCAUUGGGAAACAAAGAAAACUCGGAAUCAAACCUGGAGGAAUACUGUUUAACCUAAGAAAGGAUUUUACCUACAACACAUAAGCCAUAUGUACCAAACUGGCAAUACUAUAGCCAAAGGUUUGAAAUGUGAGCUAACUGAGCGAAGCAUUCAGGGUUCAAACAUUUUAUUUUGUGUUGUUUUUUUUCCUGCUUUUAGUCUUUCUCUGCAGCCAUUUGAGCACCCUCUCUGCACUAAGGAUGGAGUCAUAUUUGAUUUAUUGUAAGUGUUUCAUGUUUACUUAGCACAAUCUAGCUUCCACACACAAAUCAUUCACCCUUUUUGUUUUCUACAUGUUAAGUAUUCUUUUCAGCUAUGGUAGUAUUCACCCUGUCAUCAGGGAGUGGAACGCAACUCUUCACAAGGCCUCGCAGGAUUGGCUGUGAAAACAAUAGACAUAGAAAUAUAACAAUGACUCUAUCCCUAAAACAAUGGAGUUGUAUGUUAUGAAGAACCACUGAAAUUAGAGGUUUUUAGAAGCUGUGUACUAUCCCGUGGGCAGAGCCUUUUUUUGUCUUCUUGUCUAUCAAGGAGGAGAAAAGGAGCAAGGCUGUGCUCUGAGGAAAAUUGAAGGGAGCCCAGUGCUCUGAACCUGUAAAAUCUAGGGUGUCCAGCAUAUAGAUUCUAUGAAAAAACUAAGAUUUUUUAGUUGCCCAAGAGCAGAAGUUUAGGUCUGCCUGAGUCAUGUCAAGCCUUUGUAGUUGCUGCAGCCUGAACUUCAGGAUUACCCAGUAGUCAAUCUUGUUUUCUCUGGUCCAACUGGUUGCUCGAGUGCGAGCAUCCAUUUAUCGAUAAACUAGUGGUCAUAUAUGUAACUGAGCCCACCAUACCAAGCACACAGCUAUAAGGGCUGGGUUUGAAACUGUUUCAUAGCAGCAUACAGUGCAUGCUUAACAAAGAUCUCACUUGAUUCAUGCAGAGUCUUUCUCGACCAUAUGAAAAUUAUUGUUAUCAAGCAAGUGAGAGAAAGGCUGUGCUGGCAGUGUGCAUAGUAUCCUGUUAUUGCAAAGAUUUUCUUUCUGAAGAAAAAAUACAACGUAUUUUCAUCCACUAGCCUGGCAUUGAUGUUGCCUUUAGUUAACGAAUGACAGACAGUACAGUAGAAGCCUAAUAUUUACGUAUUUAAAUGAAGAAACUGUCCAGGAAAAAUACUGGGUGUGUUUUUCUAACAUGUCUGUACCAUGAUCUGUAUGAAUUAUGAUACAUGUUUGCAAGUAUAUCAUUUUGUUUCCUUUGUCAGAAACAUUGUUCCCUAUCUCAAGAAAUAUGCCAAAAAUCCAGUAACAGGAGAGGUUUGUACUGAAAAAUAUAGCAUACAGUCACAGGUCUACUUAAGGCCACCCUUCUCAUAAUGGCCACAUUUUUUAGCCCCUGGGAUGCUUUAUAACAACCAACACUCCACAGCAGCAAUGGCCUGGCACUCAAGUGCAUCCCGACUACUAAAGAAAGUUACAUGUACAGUGGAAGCUCUUCAUAACAGCCAUUCAUCACACUCUACUCACUUUGUUUUGUUAACAUCAUUGUUCUGGGCCAACCCGUUGUUAAGGUAACCCAGGGUUAGUGCGAGAUUUGAAUUCAGAUUUGAAAGCUUAAAAAGCAUUUCAGUUUUAAUUCUUUUCGUCACAAGUUGAUGACUGGAAGCUCUAAAAAUAGCAGAGAAAAUUAUCCGAGAAAAUGCUUUUGAACACAAGAAAAAGAAACCCGUGUUGAAUUUAACCCCGGGUUAAGCGAUAAUCGGCCUUCAAGCAACUGGGCCCUGAACAAUUUGUUUCUGUUUUUGGCAUUCGUUUUACAAUCAGAGAGUGUGCUAGACUUUAUUGUUGUUAGAGCAUGUAUUAAAAGGACCUCUAUUAAGCAGUCACCCUCUAUUAAGCGGUCACUCACGAAAUCAUUUCCCUUAAUAAAUACUGUAAAACUGACCUUAAUUAAGCAGUCACCUGUAUUAAGUGGUCACAGGCACCUUUUCCGAGGUCCUAAUGAGUUUUUUGAGAAGUACCGUACUAGUGCAACAGGUCGCACUGUAUAUGGUGUCAAGUGGUCUUUAACUUUUUUCUUUUGGGCCAAGAAGGGGUAGAAACAUGUGGAGGUCAGUUUGUCGUGGGAUAGAUAUUUCACUCUUUGACUGCCUUCAUUUUCUUGAAUAACUCUCAUGUUUGUCAAACCUGUAUUAAACGGUCAACCUAUAUUAAACAGUCAGUAAGCCAUUCCCAAAGGGUGAAUGCUUAAUACAUGUCUGACUGUACACUGAUCAUCAGUACUUUUUGUUUUUUCAUUAUUCUUACAGCCUCUUCAGGCCAAAGAGCUGAUAAAACUGAAUUUUCAUAAAAAUGCAGAAGGUAGGUCAAUUGAAGUUGGAAUUUUGAGCACUUGUAGUAAAUGUACUAAACCAUAAUUUUUAUUUUGAGGUGAAGGAAGAAGUAUUAAAAAGAAGUCAUUAGAGGAGUUUGUAGUAGAACACAUACUAAUAAGUGCUAAAAAUUCCAACUUCUAUUUUUACACUCAGCCCUAAUCCUGUUGUGUAUGCUGUUUCAUUUUCUUUUAUUUCAAAUUUAUUAUUGACUCUACCAUGCCUAAAACAAAGAAAAAAAUUAAAUCAAGGAUAAAAAUGAACUUCAACUUACACGAACACUGUGAGCCUCCCUUGAACAUUAAAUUUCUGGGUGCCGCAGUACAUGAGGAGAUCCGUGGAGAAACCUGGGGUUUAGGAUCCUUUACUAUUGGCUGGGAUUGGGGACUGGGUUUAUUUUAUUAUUGAUACACAGUAUAUAGUACUGUAAUUGGAUGGUUACAUGUCCAAAGAUUUCCAUGAGCAAUAACACACAUAAAUGAGGAAGCUAAGACAUCAGGUUGACAUUUACAAGAAACUGAUUUUUACUUUAAGUUUAUAUAUUUUUCCUGUAUUUGCUUGUAUAUCAACUGGUAAUAUGACCGCAGCUUGUUUGUGACAGUCAGUGUUCAGUGGCAUUUCUCACCUCUGUUUUCAACUCUUGCCUAAUCUGUUAUCAUUGCAUCUGGGUAUGAACCCUGCUGGUUUAAGCGGUUUUCAGUAACAGAGCAAACUAGAGUAGGUGGUGAAACACAAAUUUUGUUUUGUCAACUGACUUGACAACUCUAAGAAGAAUAAAUGGCUGAUGUUUCAAGAGCUAGCCCUCCAGCAGUGCAUUUUAAACACUAACCCCAUGUUAGAGAGUUACGCUGUAUGAGCAGUAGCCCUCAAAUUUUUUCGCUCUAACAAAGGGCAAGGGCUUGAAUCUUAAACACCAGUCAUGCCAUCAGCUAAGUUGUUUUAAGUAUAAAUUUUGUGUUUUUCUUUUAAAACUAUAAACCCUUCAUUCAAAAAGUGGGUGGUACAAUGUUGUGCAGUUGACCACUGCACCACCUGUUGUUAACACUUGCUCCUUGAUUUUCAGGCCAGUUUCACUGUCCAGUAACAUUCAAAGUCUUCAAUAAUAACUCACACAUUGUUGCAAUAAAACCAACUGGAAAUGUGUUCUCUUAUGAAGUAAGUUUUUGAAAAGAUUCUCUUGAACUCUUUAUGAACUGAGUAAAUUUCAAUAUUCAAGCAAACUCAUUUCUUUUUAUUAAUUUUUUAUUUAUCAUCAUUUAAAUGCUUGCUUGUUUUCAAUUGCAGGCAGUAGAGCAAUUAAACAUUAAGCCAAAGAACUUCAAAGACCUUCUGACAGAUGAACCUUUUACAAGAAAAGAUAUAGUUACAAUACAGGUUUGUGUUAAGGUCACAUACAUGUAGUUGUCACUUUAGACUGCAAAAAUGGAGAUAUAUUUUUGAGUCAGUGGGUGCUCGAUUUUUCUAGUAUAUACUUCAUGUCAGAAUUCUAUGGUUGCAUUGAACUUCUUACAGAGCACUCUUUAUACAUGUAACUCAUUUUCACUGCCUUCUUUUGCAGGCAUUUUCCGACCUGUCUGCCUUGUCCCAUAUGCCCCCUACCUUACCUCUUAUAACCCAUGGACCACAACCUGAGCAAGAUUUAGUACUUACAGCUGUACAUGCCCCUUAAAAAUCCAUAUACUGCAAGCUAUUCGUUCUUUGUACAUGUACACUGUACACUUGGUCUUAAUUAUUCUACCUGCAGCUACCUCUAGCUUCCCAUAAGGUAACUGUAGGCAGUAGCCUUUGAUAGACCAUUUACGGUUGUGGGUUAGCUUGUAGUACCCAAGCCUUUGAGUGAAUGUGAGAAUGAGAUUGAACUUGUUUUCGUACAAACCUCCUUUAUUUUCUUCUGAAAAUAAUACUGGUUAGCAUAAGAACAACAGGAAGAGUUGUAUCAAAACAAGGUCAACUCCAGCCUGGUUUUCUUUCUAUAACUGUAAAAUAGGCUAUUCCGCUCAGUUCCCUGCCCCUUAAUCACAUGGAGCCGUUGGCUGCUCCCUGUAAAUGUAACUCCCUACAACUUCAUCUGGAGCACUCUGCACCUUCCUGUCACUGCCUGCUAAGAGUAGCCCUCCAAUGGGUUGGUAUCAAAUCCAGGAUGGAGUAUUAAUAUAUUAUUAGGUCCUGAGUGUCUAUAUUCCCGACCUAUAUGUACCCUUGGUGUAUGAGUGCCUUUAAAUUGAUGUUCAUUAAGAUUGACAUAAUAAUGAUUACUGCAAUUUUCACUAACAUGCAAAUUCUGAAGUUCAAAAGCCAACUGUUGAUUGCAUUUUUCACUGCCAUCAAUCAUCUUAACAGCCCUCUUAGGAAACAAAACUUUACUUUAACGGGCUCAAAAGGUCAUGGUUUGUGAAUUGUGAUUGGUGGAUUUCGAUCCAUUUUGUGUGUUUCUGUGUUUCAAGGUUCAUUGCCUGUGAUCAUAAUUAUGAUUGAUGACAGUGAAAAAUGCAAUUGUGAAGGCAGCUUUUGAACUUUAGAGUUAGCAUGUUUGUGAAAAGCGCAGUAAUAAAAAUGAUAAUAACAAUUUAGAGAUAGCACAUCCUUUUAGCAGUUCUUCGUCUACCUUAUUGGUGGUCAAAUUGGAAUUUGGAAAUGUUGGUUUUUGAGUAGAGGGCAAAACCGGAGUACCCGGAGAAAAACAAAACAAACAAAAACCAACAACAAACUCAACCCAAAUAUGGCAUCAAAGCUGGGAUAUGUACCCUGGUCACACUGGUGGGAGGCGAGUUCUCGCACCACUGCGCCAACCUUGCUCCCCAAAUAAGGUAUUUUUUUGUCUUUGUCUCUCCUUAUCAGGAUCCAACAAGUCUUGAUAAGUUUAAUCUGUCAAAUUUCCAUCAUCUAAAGAACAAUCUGAAAGUAGUAAAUGAAGGUUAGUUAAAUCAUGACUUUAAUAGUAAUUUUAUUUUUGUUUGUUUCCCAUUACAUGUAUUUCUUUGUACAGGUCAAGUGAGCAAAGGCUAUAUGGCUAGAAGGUCCAGAGUAUGAGUGUUACUGUUGGGAGGUUUUUGAAAGGAACAACAAAAUAUUAUCAGGUCAAUGUAGACCUCAAAACCCACACAUGACGAUGUUGACCAAAACUCAAUAACCUCUGCAACAAUUGUAUCUUUCAAUAAUUGAAAUUAUUGAGAAUUUACUGGACCCUAAGUCAGGAAAAAAAAGGACACAGCAUGGCAAUACUACUUAGAUAUACCUGCCCAAGUAAGAAUAAUCGUACAAUAAAUACUUUAUAGUAUGUUUUUACUUGCUUCUGCUAUUGAUCAGGCGUUUCAACCACACAGUGCAGGUCUUCAUGUGGCGAUAGUGUCGAUUUACUAACUCGGACUAUUUGUACCACCACGGAUGCUUUUGACUGAAACCCACCAACCAUGAGUGAGGUUUGUGAUACACCAAUCACUAACAACCACAGUCAGGUACAAAUAGUCUGACUCAGUAAAUCGAUACUAUUGCCUCAUCAAGGCCUGCAGUGUGCACUCAAAACGUCACGAUCAGUAUCAGAGUGACAAUCGUGAUAAACUAAACCCUUUAUGUUUCUGCUAUUUUAUAUAUUAUAAUUUUGAUUGUAUUAUUUUUCUUUUUCAGAGGAGGAAAAAGCUAAGAAAGACCCAAAGUAUUAUUUGAACAGAGCUAACAAAGACACAUUAGGUAUUUUAAGUGAGCUGGAGAAAACCUACAAAGAACCAGUAAGUUAUGACUGUAUUUUUUUUUUAGGCCUGAACAUCACAAAAAUGUUAUUGCGGUUGCUUAAGGGAGGUGGUCGUUUACUAGAGGUUCCAACUGUAAGACUUUGACUGGGAAAACUUAGGUGUUUUGGAUAGGUGGUCACUUAUGGGAGGUGGUAUCUUAUGACAGGUGGUCGCAGUUAGAGGUUCAACUGUAUAAUGUCGCCUCAGUCAAAAAGAAGUAGAAUGAAAAUAAUCUUAGUUAGCACUUGAUAUUAGGCAGGACUUGAUGUACCACAAGAGACAGUUUUUUGAAAGAUGCAGCUAUUAAUAUUAAUUUGCACUUGUCACUUAAUGAUCUUUUUUGAGUCUUCCUCUAUCUUUAUCUAGUAGGAAAUAAUCCUAGUGGUAGCUAGGGCUUGAUGUACUACAAAAGAUCUAGUUUCAUAUUUAUCUUAUCAUCCAUAUAAUUAAAACAAAAAAAAUGAAAGAUGCAGCUGUAUAAUUCACAUUUGUGACCAAAUGAUCACUUUUGUUUUAUUCCCUCUCGAUCUUGUCAUUUAUUUGUAGGAGAAAAGGGGCGCUGAGAAAGCUGAGUCACUCACAGAAAGGAAUGCUGUAAGUUGUCUCUCUAACAUCAGCCAUAUCAAGUAUAGUUAAACCUCUCCUAAUGGUGACCUCUUUAAUACACUGUACCUUACUUUUACGAGUUGUCCUUUUGGUUCCAAUGACGCCAAACUUCAUCCCUAUACAGUACCUCUAUAACAUGGACACCUCUUUAAUGAAAAAAUAUGGACACUUGGCACUUAUCUUUUGAUGCCUUCGUUAUAAAGAGGGCUAGGAUAACUCCUUGGAAAAUUUUGGUUUUGUUUUUACAUCUCUGUAAAACACUGCCUUUAGGGACCCUUUUCCACUGAAAUUUCCAGUGAUCUGCCUUUGGAAUGGUAUGGCUAUCUCCGACAACCACAUAUCACUUUUUUACUUCAUAACUUGUCUUUGAUAAGUUUUGAGGUGAAGUUCUGGCUAUUUUUUAAUUUUUUUUUUCAAUCAAUACAGGCUCAUUAUUCUACUGGAGCUGUUGCUAGUUCAUUUACAUCCACAGCUCAAGUUCCUGUUACACAACAGGAGGCAGGUAUGAAAAGCCCUGCAUUGGACCAUUACAACAAUAAUUGUAUAUUUAAGUACACCUUUUGCUGUUCAUUACGAGAAAACACGCAUUAAUUUGCGUGAAACGGCGACCAACAGCGCCAAGAUACAUUCAUUAGCGCGAAAAAGCGAACAUUUGCGCAUAAAUCAGAUUCAAUAACGAUUUUUGCAUUUUAAUCAACAUUCAGUAACAUUUUUGGGCAUUCAUUUGCGUCAUUCGGCAUACAAAGGAGAAAAAUAUACUUUUACUAACGCUAACAUUCGAGUCAUUAACAUUAUCUUGAAAAUCAUUAGGGACAAUAGAAAAACAUUUAAGUGCAAACGCUAAUCAUUAACAUUUUUAUGACACUGUUUGCAAUUCAAUAGCAUUCCUGGACAGCUUUAGAAUGGAUAAGACAAACAUUAAUGCGCGUGGACAAUCAAUUGAGCGUUCUAUACAUUUAAUAGACAAAAAUCUAUUUUCAAUUAAACAAUACCAAUUCCCCCCCCAAAAAAUUGGCCUGAAUUUGUUUAAAGAAUCACGCCGUAAUUCGCCACUGUGUGUUCGUGGACGGCUGCGGCUAUACAUUUACCCUAGUCGGCCAGAAGUCAUGGUGGGGCGCGACAAGGAGUGGAAGGCGUACCGCAAAGUGUGCGGCCAACGAGGACGAAACUUGACUAUGACCAUGGCAAUAUCACCUCUCAAAUGUUCUCCUCGGCAGCUGCUGGAGUAAUGAAUACUGAGUCAGUUUUUCGGUGACUUUCUGGCACAGGCGAGGAAAAAAUGGAUCCCGAUAAGUCGGUGGUCUUUGGGUAUGACGGCGUGCCAACCCACCUAGAUUUGACCAUUCCCGCCCCAUACGUACACAGCUUGUUUCCCAACUCGACAUCGUUGAAAAGGAUUUAAGUUGUCUGAAAGCGACACCAAAGGCCGACAUCUCGAGUCCGGAAAUUUAAAGAUGUAUAACAGGAAUGAGAGGGCAAAGCCCUAGCAAUCCCACUGGCGGAUUUCGGAAACAACAACUGCAGUGGUUGAAGCUCUGCGCUGAAACAUUAGAUUGUGACCGCAGCUAAAUGUGCUAAGGGGUACCAUUUCAUGCAAACCUACCUCCCAAAAUGUUUAAAUAGCGAGGUUUUUGAGGGAUAUACAUUUAACGGUCUGAAAUACAGGUCAAAUUUGUUUGAAUUUCUAUUGUUUAGUUGAAAAUCGAUUGUUAUAUAUUAAAUGUAAAGAACACUCAAUUGAUUGUACAUGCGCAUUAAUGUUUGUCUUAUCCAUCCUAAGGUUGUCCAGGAAUGCUAAUGAAUUGCAAACAGUGUCAUAAAAAUGUUAAUGAAUAGUGUUUGCACUUUAAUGUAUGUCAGUUGUACCUAUUGACUUUCAAAAUGGUGUUAAUGACUUUGAUGUUGGCGUUAAUAAAAGUAUAUUUUUUUCUUUUGAAUGCACAAUGACGCAUAUGAAUGCCCAAAAGUGUUAUUGAAUGUUGAUUAAAAUGCAAAAAUCGUAAUUGAAUCUGAUUUAUGCGCAAAUGUUCGUAUUUUCGCGCUAAUGAAUGUAUUUUCGCACUAUUGGUCGCCGUUUCACGCAAAUGAUUUCGUAUUUUCUCGUAAUGAAGAGCAAAAGGUGUAAUAAUGCUUCAUGGCUCAAGUCUUGUUUUUCCUUGAUUUCUUAAUGGACCAGUUUCUUUAUUUUUAUUUUUUUCAUCAAUUCUUUAGUUUAAAUCUCCUAUGUAAUGCUACUCCUUAUGCAAUAAAUCUAUUUAAUAGUAAUUUUGUGGUUGUUAUUUUUAGCUAUUAUUGAUCAAGAUGUUGUCAGGUACCGAGAAGUUAAGAAGAAAGGUAGGUUAUGGUAGUCUUUCACUUUGUGUAGAAGCACUGAAUAAUGUUGUAACCUCAGUGUAUAAGGCCUGAAUGAUAGGAAUAUUUUCUGAAAAGCAAAAAAUGCACUUUAUUCUAUGUUUGAAUAUACACAGACAACAUGGUACAUCAUUUGGCUGAUGUUGUUUUCUAUAAUAACUGUAUAAAUGAUAUAGCACAGUAAUGUCCUACAGUACAAAAAAACAGUUAGAAAAUCAGUUGUCUGAGUCCUUUGUGAGAGUAGCAACAGGAAUUUUGAUAAGCACACCUCAGUUUUCCAGGCUUAAGACUAUGUUUCUUAUUCAGGUUAUGUGAGACUGCAAACCAGUCAUGGUGACUUGAACUUGGAGCUUCACUGUGAAAUGGUAAGAGAUAAGUAUUUAACCCUAGGCAAGAUGACAUGAAUCCUGUGUUCUGAUCAGCUUUAUGUACCAAGUGGCUUCAGGCCUCAGGAAUGCCCACUUCAUUCCUGCAAGAAUACCUUAUUAUAGGAAAUUGAUGCUUCAUGAAAUUAAUGCAAAUUUCAAAAACUUGCGUUAAUUAAGUGGCGUUAAUUUUUGUAAAUGUUAAUGUCUGCGCUGUUAUUUAAGUGGAGUGACCUUAAUUUCCAUUAUUUUGGCUCCAAAUUCUCGAUACACUUUUGAUGUUCUUGACUUCCAAGAAAGAGGAGUAUUUUAUAUUGGUGGAGAUCUGCUAGCUAUUAUCACUGAAACUGUAAAGAACCCUGGAAGGGGCGCUAGAUAUCUUUGCUUGACCCCCUUCAUACGUUUAGGGAAAGUACUGCAUGACAAACAAAUUUUACGUUUUUCUUUGUUCCUGAUGUCUCAACAAGUUUUGUUUCUUUGUGAACGUCGCAUUAAUUUCCUACAUUUUAAAAUGCCAUCCUCUUUUUUGCAUUAUUUUCCUUUAUUCAAAAGCUAAUUGUUUUCCGUUAUAUAAAUUUGUGUUAAUUUAAGUUGUGUUUUAAAUUUCCAAUAUCUUAUUUUCAUGUAGCUUUAAUUUCCUUUAAUAAGGUAAAUGCUGCUGUUGGUCAUGAUAAGAUUAAAUCGUUUACCAAGCUGUGAGAUUGUUGUCAGGUGUCUCUAUGUAAAUGCAGACCCAAACUACAAUCAACCAACUGACAGUCAAAUGAGAAGGUUGACUGAUGCCUUGGUUGACACCCGCUAUAACACACAAGAUCCACAAAGUGUUGCUAAUACUGUUUAAAAGAUUUGUUGGCAAUUUUUAUUUGCAUUUUCCAGGUUUCCAAAACAUGUGAGAAUUUUAUCAAGCUUUGCAGUAGAGGCUACUAUGACAACACAAGUAAGUUUAAAAAUGUAAAAGUUUUGUUAUUAUUUGAUUGAUGUUUGUGAUUUGCUUAUGAUUUGAUCUAAUAUUGGUUUUGUUUUUCUGUUUUAGUUUUUCAUCGAUCCAUCAGGAAUUUUAUGGUAAAUACAUCUAGUGAAGUCACUUGUAGUUGAUCAAUGAGUGAUGGAUCUUGAGCAAAGGCACCAGUUAACUUAGAGCAUAAGAUUGAGAAUGUAUAGAAUAAAUGGUACAAAUCACUUGUUUUGGCUUUCAUUGCUUGGUAAAAUCCAGAAAUCUGGUGUAUUUUAAUAAUUAAGGUGAAUGUAGCACUCCAAUGGUCCAAAAAUUUAUGACUGAAGAGAUUUGUCACAAACAUCUGCCUAUUUAAUAAGUGAUCACACCAUUAAGUGAUGACUGGGUAUAGCCUGCAUCGCAGACGUAAUCCAGCCGUGGUUCAUAACAUCUAAAAAACAAACACUGAUUAUUAUUCUUGUUCUGGUUCCCUAACGGACUCAACAUUACUGGAAAUGUGUUUCGAGUUUCCCUUCAACGUGAUUGGCAAAUUGGCCAUCGCUUUUUCAACAGGCCAAUCAUGGUGUGACAGUGUACUCAAAUCAUGGUACAUGGGUGGAGGCCAAGAACAAGAAUUUCAGCACUGUUUAGUUCUGUCUGUGGCACAGGUUAGAUUGGUUGGUACCCAGUCAUCAUAACCUUUCUCUCAUCAGUGAAUGUCAAAAAGAGAACUUGUAUUAAGGCUAUUAGCCAGCCUAUUAAAAGGGAGUGGGAAUGUGCAUUUUUGUACAAUCUGUGAAAUUGCAUUCUUGAUAGAUGGCCCUUGAAAAUCGAAUAUGGUCCUUGAAAAGUCCUUUAAAAUAGUUGCAAUUUUUUGUAUGAACCAACCUGUGAAGUCUAAUUUCCCUCUACUCACAGUUUUGAAUAUAGUAUAUUUACCUUCAUUCAAUGUUUCCUGUCUGUUGUCGGUAGAUUCAAGGUGGGGAUCCAAAUGGUACUGGAACAGGUACAGAUAAAGAAAAUAUGCAUUGUAGGAUGAGUUUGCAAUAAUACGUUAAGAAUGCAUGUAUUAUAUGGAAAUAGUAAUAUUGUUGUUGCACCUGUUCCGGUUUGUUUGUAAGCAGCCCACACUGGCCUGCUUUUAUUCUAGAAAGAUAUCAGCGCUGAAGAUUGCAGCUGAUGUCUUUUAGAAUAAUUAUACUUUCACCCAUCCUUGGAAUGUGCGCAAACAUCCUUGCAGCCUUCUAUAUAGUCUUCUGCACAGCCAUUUUGUGUCCUCACGCAACGCUCCUGCCCACAAGCGGUUCGUUUUUCGUUUCCACAGAGAACGGCUGUAGCUGACUACCUUCUCACAGCAAUAUUUAAGAAAUAAUAUGACAGUAAUGUUGAUAUAUGUAAUGAUUAAUGGAACGAGAUCAGAGGUGCUUCUUUGUCUGUUCCUUAAGUCAUCUAAGACCAACGCCAGUGUAGAGCUUUUAGCCUUUUUUCUGGUGAGAUAUCUAUGGAGCAAAUUAAUUUGUUCACUGACUAGUGUUUUCUUGUGUGUUUUCAGGAGGGGAAUCAGCGUGGGGUGCACCGUUUAAGGAUGAAUUCAAACCAAACCUUAUACAUCAAGGUGGGUGACAGAAUAACAGUUGUGUUGUGUACUUUAUUACUUCGUCAUUUCGCGGGGAAAUCAGUGGUGACGUCGCGAAAUGUCGGCUGUUUUCUAAGGCUAACACUGAAACUGAGAGGUGAAGUCCACAUACAGCAAAGACCUGACGUCUGAGGAACGAGCGCAGAAAUUCCAAACUGCUGACGCGCAUUGACUACCCAGAUCUGGUCAGUGCUUCUGAUUGGUUGAAGCUAAUUUCCAACCAAGCACUAUGGAGUUUCUGCGCUCGUUUCUCAGACGUCAUUUUGCGGGGAAACUUCUUAGUGAUGGCGUUGCGAAAUGUCGGCUGUUUUCUCAGGUUGUGUUGGUGGGUGCACCUCUAACUGAGUACAGAAUCUGUCACUUUCUUCUUCAGGCAGAGGAAUUUUGAGUAUGGCAAAUUCAGGACCAAACACAAAUAAAUCACAAUUGUAAGUGUUUCCUAAAAAUGUUGUAAUUAGUCUCCAGUUGUUGUGUCUCGUUGUGACCCUCGAUGACUCACGGCAGUUGGAGACUGGAUACUUGUUGGCAGUCGGUAUUCCCUUUAUUGGAGUCACUAGACUGCUAACAGUUGCUGAGAGCAAGUCGAUAGAGCAAGGAAGUCUUGAGGGCCUGAAAUCAUGAAUGACUUAUAAAAAUGUAUAAUGCAGUAAUUUUUGUUUUAUGUUCUUGAUGACAUAUCUUAGGCGUUCGUCACGUAAUCAUUCCUCCCCUACGUGGGGCACGAACGCCUGACGAAGCCGUAAGAAAGUCUGCGUGGUUGGCUAAUGAUGACAUAGCUAAAAACACCCUGGAAGCGAGGCUAUGCUCGUCUAUAAAGCGUCCUAAUUCAUUCACUGUAAAAUUCAUAAUGUGAUCUGUUUACUUGUAGCUUCAUUACGUUUCGCUCUUGUCGUCAUUUGGAUGAAAAGCAUUCCGUGUUUGGCAGGUAACAUUUUGAUGCAUUUUUUGUGCUCAUUUGUACAUGAAGGAACUUUCCAGGACGAGUAUUGUAAAUUGUUCAGUAGCGGAUCCAGACCUUCAGAUAAGGUGGGGGGGGGGUCUCAAAAAAAUCUUUUUUCUGCCCUUCGGGCCUCACUUUGCUCUAUAAGUAAGGGAAGGGCAGGCCUCCCGGCCCCCUCCCCUGGAUCCGCCACUAUUGUCUGAGAACACUAUUACUUAGUUUUCCGAAAAACAAAACAAAAGAAAAAGAAGAUGUCAAACCUUUUAACAUUAGUUUUAUUGGCAGAUUGGUGGGUGGCCAUGAAACUUUGAACGCUAUGGAAAGAGUUGAAUGUGACGAAAAAGAUCGACCAAAGGUAAACGCAUACCGAAUUCAGUUCAAUUCUUGUUUAUUUAGACAAAAUAGCAUAACCUCGGACAUCAUUUACUCUCGUUGUAACUCGUAACUCCUCUGUGCUUAAAAGUUGUUUUAUAACUGUUUUUUAGGAGGUGAUAAAGCUGAUCAAGGCGGUUGUGUUUGUGAAUCCGUUUGAAGAAGUGGACGCAAUUGUAAGUACAUGUACAUGUCCUGGAAUUUGAAAAUUCCUUUUGAAGUUCUUUCUUCCUUCCUUCCUUCCCCUUCAUUUUCAUAAUAACAUUUAUGACUUGAAAUUACCGUAUUUAUUCGAAUAAGCGCCCAACCUCGAAAGAGCGCCUACCUCGAAUAAGCGCCAAUCCUUAAGGCAGAAAAAGUUAAUAAGCGCCCAGCUUCGAAUAAGGGCCCAAAGACAACGAGACAACAAGACAACGAUCCUCUUUUCCUUUUCCUGAUUAUUGAUAAAGUCCUUUAGAAUUCAACUCUCGAAAAAUUCGCCAAGAUUUGACGAAAUGAACAAGAUGAAAUAAGCGCGAUAAAGUUUGAAGUAGCGCGAAGACAGUUUUUAAGUGAAGUUUUCGUGGCCGUCGUUGUUGCUUAAGCUCUCUAUUGACAAGAUGCGGUGGAAUACUGUUAGCAGGCUCUUGAAUCUUGUUCGUUAAGAAAUGAUUUUGAAGCAUCUAGAGAAUACAGGCAUCCUAGACCUCCUAUAUUCUCUAUCAAGAGCCCUUGUUUCUAUUUAUCCUACAAUUUGUAUAGGAUCCUGUAAAGAGCCUUUUUUUCAAGAAAUCCUCCUAUAUUUCCUAUAAAUAGGACUUAUUAUAUAUAUGCAUUUUGCACUGUGAAGCAGUUUUGUUGUGAAUUAAGAAAAUCAAAAUUCUUUAUCAGUAAAAAUAGUAUUUUUUUAAUUUUGUUGAAUUUUUUUUUUGAUUUUUUAAUUUUUUUCCAAUAAAUAGCCUAUAUUUUGGCUGAAAAUUCCUAUACUUUCCUAUAUUUUGAACUUGAACAGCCUAUUUUACCUAUCAGAUUUUCCAAAAACUGGCUGGGAUGUCUGAGAAUAGAUGUAGAAUUAAUGCCUGAGUUGUAAAAUUAAUACCCGAGUUUUGGUAGCCUGAUUAGUUGGCACUUGGAAGUAAUAGGCACAAGAAAGAACGGGGCGCGCGAGGGAGACACUCCUCUUGCGCCCAUUACUUCCAAGCACCUGCUUAAACUACGCGGGCUAGAGUUUUGGUUGCUGGGUAGUUUCUUUUCGCGCCCUAGUAAUUUCCUGGAAAGCCCCCAGAAUUUCCCAUCGUUUCCUCGAAGUACGAACUCUAUUUCAACUUUUUCCACUCAUAUACUUCAUUGAGCUGAUCUGUGUGUUGAUUUUUUUUUUUAGCUCGAAAAAGAGCGUGAGAAACAGGAAGAAGAACAGAAACGACAGGUAACACACCUAAUCGGUUUUAUUUCUGUUUUCUUUUAUAUGAAUAAGGAUAUGUGAACAGAUAACACCGGGCGCAGUGGAAAUCCUUUACCCUUUGCUCAAGGGCAGCCAAAAAUUCAAUUUUCUUUAAUACUGACAAACAAAUAGAAUUAGAUGAAGUACUAGUGAAGAGGUUUUAUUUGAAUGCUUAAACAAUACGAUUUUGUCCACAUAGACUGUGCAUUUAAAGCUCCACAUCAUCUAUAAUUGACUCUACAGUUGGAAUUGAAUCAAAUUCAAUCAACGUGAAUCUAAUUCAAUUCAAUUAGAGUGGGAGUCAGUGGGUAGCUUAGGUGAUAGCCACCCCUUUCUAGAACAGCCCGCAAAAACAGUAACAGAAAAUAAGAAAGGAACGGAAAUCAUCCCGGAUAGCUGUUUUAUGCAGCUAGGUAAAACAGUUAACGGAAAUCGGUGCGCAACGGGAACCCGAAGCGACCGCAAAUAAGAAGCGAGUUUCAAGUUUUCAAGUUUAUUUAUUAUAUAUUAAGUAGACUAUUACAAUCAAAUCUGACUGACCUCUAGGUAGCUAAAACUAAUCGAGGCAGGUCAGUCGCACAAGUUUUAAAAUGUUACAGAUGUCAAAAAAAAAGAGAUUAACAAAGUAACAGUUUCUCACAAAAAAAGUAGAGAAAUGUAUAAGUAAUAUGGUUCCAGCACCGAGAAUUCAGAAUUACAUGGCCGAUUAAUAUCAAAUAUGGUACGAUUCUCUUUCUACCCCCCCACCCCCCACCCUUUACCACUUUCCUCUUGAUAACAACGUGAAAUGCCAGUAAAUGUAAAUACGGCAGCCAUGUCAUGUGAUCUGAAGUCUACAUCUAAACAAGGGGACAGUAUUUUCUCGUAGACUGCAAACAGUCCGUAUUUUUAAGUGGGUCGAGAACGCGGGAGAACAAAAAUCCAGGAGCGAGGCCGCGAGGGUGAAAACAAAGUGUGAGGCUUUUGCGCUUCUUGCAAAAAUCUCGCGCGGGCGCCUUGAUAAACAGAUUUCGAGAAAAAAGCGACUCUUAUAUGGUCUAAAAUCCUCGAAAUCUCCUCGCGUGACCCUUUUGACGGUUUCUUCUCGCAGGAUGAAGAGGCAAGGAAGAAGAAAGCGGCAGCCACGCCUGCAGAAGCACCCAAAGUUUAUCGGUCAGGAGUCGGAAAGUAUAUCCCAAACAAACCUGCUUCAAGG